CGCACCACUGGGAAAGCCAGCCAUGGCUGCAGCCGCUUCCUCCGACGACGAUCGGUGGGGCAGUAGCGCCCACACGUAUGACGAGCAAUCGUUCAGUGUCAUGGGGCGGCCUUCGACCAUCUCUGGUUAUGGCGGAGUGAUCAUGCCGGACUUCCACGACGUGAACCCAUACGCACAUUACGGCAGCGUCCCUGCCGCGACCACCGCGUCCAAUGGCAAGUCCCAUCGACGUUGGCAACCGAUGCAAGGGAUCGUGCACUCCAAAGAGAGUAUGGCUCUGCGAAGCGCGAUCGGGUCUAUUCUGAACCAAGUGUACGAGAACACUUCGGCGGAAACACUCGAAAUUCGCGCCAACACGCCGCAGUACCGGUUGGAGAAGGGCGAUUGGGUCAUGCACAAUGCUCAGGCAAGUAGCAUCGACGUUCCGAUCAAGACCGUCGCACGCAUCCCGCUCAAUCUUCUCGACAUGUCGAAGGCGGGGCAGGCGAUCUCGUCGCCGCACACUGCAACGGGGCGCCACCUAUCACACGACGGAUACCUGUGGAAACGCGGCGAGUCGGCCAGCUCGAGCUUGAAGAGGCGAUACAUGGUACUCCAGGACAAAGUGAUGCGAUACUACGAAAAGCCACCGGAGUCGUCGCGGAGGUUGUUUGGCGGCGCGCCAAAGGUCAAAGGCAGUAUCAAGCUCGACGACGUCACCCUCGUCCGUCCAUUUCAAGGACAGCCGACGAAUCACAUGAUUGAACUCGUCACAAGCGAUCGCACGUGGAUGCUCGUGGCCGAGAACGACCAGGACUACCAGGAAUGGGUCCGCGUUUUGUGCCACACGGUCAAGUUUCAGUGCGUCGAUAUCGUGUUCCGCCGCAUGCUGCAGCUCGCCGAGGUCGACGCGUCGGGGGCAAACGAAGUCCGGCUUGUGACCCUGCCAUCCUGCUCUGUCCAGGAGACCGUCGCGCACAUUUUCGACUGCUACCUCAACAUGCUCGAGGCCGUGCCGCUGCAUCCGUACGACCCUGCCGAGUACGUCCUCAAGGUGACGGGGUACCGCGACUACCUCAUCGAAGACAGACAACCCGUCGGCCGGUACAAGCACGUCCAGGAAUGCAUCUUAACGAAAAAGACGCUGUGCCUCACCCUCGUCCACAAGUCCAAGAUCGAAGAAGCAUGCGACCAAGUCGACGACGAAAUCUUCAAAACGUACACGGCGUCGGGUUCAGCGAACGGCUCGCGACCGGGCAAUCGCCAGGUGUCGCAUCGCCGGCCGAGCUGGAACUGCACCACGAUGGAGUACGAUCACAUGGAAGACAUGGACGACUGCCAGGACGAAGUCCUCGUGCCGUCGUCACAGUGCAUGGACACCCUCCGGUUUACCAUCAACCGAGUUGUCAACAUCCCUCGGCACACGACGCACGUCCACCGGACGGCGCACGAAAAAGGCGUUGCGACCGCCCCGCUCCAGUUUGCCAACUGCGUCGUCGAGAUCGAACUCGUCCACGCCGGAAAGCGCCUCGAACUCAUCGGCGAGACCAACGACAUCCGACUCAAGAGCCUGCCGCACGUGGCCAAAGACGACAGCACUACUCCGCCCAACCUGAUCGGGGUUUGGAUGGCCCCGAAGGCGUUCUCGACGCGCCUCCGAGUUUGCAACAUUCCCCGCGCCGCCCGCAUCGUGUUCACUCUGUACGGCGUCGCAUCGGGAUCCUCGUUGGACGAACGGGAGCGCAUCAUGACGACCGGGUGGAAUAUAUUCGACGUGGACGGUCUCUUGGUCCCCGGCGAACAUUUUGUCCAGUUUCUCGACAACACGCACACGUGCGUCACCGGCGCCGUCCCGCACGUUGUGUUCACGGACCAACCGUUCUUGCAGUUUGCUGUCGAGACAGAACACACCCACCAGUACGUCGAAUUCGACUGGGGCGUGAGCCCGGCCAACCAAGCUGCCGUCGGGACCGAGUUCCCAAUGACGCUGAAGGAUGACGACAUAGUGGCCAAGCUGUCGCCGCGGAACCCGACCCUGAAUCGCGCGGGGUGGCUUCAAAAAACCGGCAAGAACCACAAAACGACGGCGUGGAAGACGCGGUGGUUUGCAUUGGACCAGCGCGAACGCACGCUGUCGUACAUGGAGCACCCGACGGGGUCGCCCGCCCCGCUCCAAGUGAUCCCGCUCGACGGCGCCGAGAUCGUUCGCGACGACCAGCUCAACAAGAUAAUCACAGACAAACUGACGGCGACCACGCGCCGCGAAAUUCAAACGUGGGUGUUCAAGGUCCGCCCCGCGCAUGGCAAUCGCGAGUACAUUUUGUCGGCGGAAACAUCGCAGCAGCGCGAGUCGUGGAUCCAUGCGCUCCAGCUCGUGGCGUCGCAGGACUGGGUCGAUGACAAGCUCCUCCCAAGCCGAGCCCUGUCGUCCGUGACCUGCCGGUCCGGCAACAAAGUUCUCCAGUACUUGCGCAAUUUGAUUCAAACCGACCCGCUGUACCAACUCAGCGCGUUUGAAAAGUCGGUCAUGUGGGAAAACCGCCACGAACUCAUGGACACGUUUGAGGCGCUGCCUCGGGUCCUGACGUGCGUCAACUGGCUCAGUGCCCGCGAAGUCCAAGAAGCUGUGUCGCUGCUGGACGGGUGGGCCGCGCCAUCGCACCCGGCUGGGUACAUUGCUCUACUGGACAAGGAAUUCGCCAGCGACGUUGUGCGCGCGUUCGCCGUCGAGAAGCUCGCGCUCAUGGCGGACACAACAUUCAGUUAUUUCUUGCCGCAACUCGUCCAAGCGCUCAAGUACGAGAACCAUCACGUGUCGCACCUGGCCAAACUCCUCAUCAAGCGCGCCAUCGAAAACCCCAACCAGAUCGGAUUCGACUUGUUCUGGGCCAUGAAGGUCGAGACGUACAACGAUCAGUUCAAGGAGCGGUACGGGCUCCUCCUCAACACGUAUGUCGACGUGUGCUCGCACAAGAUGAAAACGAUUCUCGAGAUUCAGGACAAGUUGUUUUCAGAGAAGGGCGAGUUUGAGCGCAUUUGCCAAGAGAUCAAGCAACUGCAUCACCGUGGCGUGGCGGGAGACGAUUUGAAGAAAGCGCUGCGGGAGAAGCUGACCGAGUUGAAUGCGAAUUUGCCCAACUCGUACCAGUUGCCGAUCGAUCCGCGCGUCGAAGUCGGCAAGAUGGUCAUCAACAAGUGUAAAGUGAUGAGUUCGGCCAAGCUGCCGCUCUGGCUCGAGUUUGAAAACGCCGAAGAAGGCGGCGACCCCGUCGUGAUCAUUUUCAAGGCCGGCGACGACGUCCGUCAAGACUGUUUGACGCUCCAGUUGGUUCGUCUCAUGGACGAAAUGUGGCGCGAAGCGGACAAAGACCUCGCGAUGGAGCCGUACCGGUGUGUGUCGACGGGCCCCAUGACCGGGAUGCUGCAAGUUGUGCUGAAUGCCGUCACGACAAGGGUCAUCCACACUCGCGCGGCAACAGGGAAACUCUUUGGCAAGGCCACGGGAGUGCUGAGUAAAAACUGUUUUGUCGACUGGAUCAAAGAAAACAACCCGCGGGACUCGGCUGCCAAAGCGGCGGGCGAUUUGUUUUUACGGUCGUGCGCCGGGUACUGCGUCGCGACGUACGUGCUGGGCAUUGGCGAUCGCCACAGCGACAACAUCAUGGUGACUCAGCAAGGGCGGUAUUUCCACAUUGAUUUCGGCCAUUUCUUGGGAUAUAUCAAGUACCAGCCCGUCGCUGGCGUUGCGUGGAAGCGGGAGACGACGCCGUUUGUAUUUACCCCCGCCAUGGCCGAAGUCUUCCACGAAACAACCAAGCUGACGGGCAACGACGAGCUCGACCGGUUUGCCAAAACGGCCGGCGAAGCGUUCAACGUGGUGCGAGGCCACAUGCACCUGCUCGUGUCGCUCUUUUUGCUCAUGAUCCCGGCCGACAUGCCCGAGCUGCAACGGGCGCAGGACAUCAACUACGUCGUUGCGUCGCUGUAUCCCACCAUGUCCCCGGCCGACGCGUUUGGUUUAUUUGGCGAGCUCAUCGACAAGUGUCUCCGUGACAAGUGGAAGUCGGUCGAUGACUACUUGCAUGCGUGGAAACAUUCCAAGUAACUUAACGAACCGGUUGUAUGACGUCGUGCAUCCUGUGCGCCGUCGGGAACGAACUGCGCACGAUUGCGCUGAACCAUCGAACGACUCGAUGGUACGUGGUGAUGGGUGGGACAAUCGCCUGGGUUGUUUGACGGGUUUACGUCGCUUUCAUGUGGAAUUUCGUUGUGCCGGUGCUGCAUAUGCACCACAACGACGACUGAUGGCUUGCCCAUCCAACGACCGGUAUGUCGAGUGCGCAAGCGCAGGCCGACAAGGAACUCCGAGCGUCGCCCUCUCGUGUACCCCUCUCUCCGGUAGAGGAAGCAACGCUUUAGACAUCGAGCUUCGUCGGGCGUUUGAGCCGGCACGAGUGGUCGUGGCGUCGUUUUGUUCAUGUGUCGGGGGUUUCGGGGUUCCCGACCGUUACAGCCCCACCUACACUUGUGAAAAU